UACUGCCACGGACUGCCCACAAAUCUUUUCAUACUUUCGUGGACAGCCCCUACUUUCACGGACACCACAUCAACCUUUCGCUUCUCCCGUGGACUCCGUCCCUACUUUCAUGGACAUCCGCCUUACUUCCAUGGACAAGGUCGAAAUAGCAGGAAAUAGGCGAAAACUCAACUUCUACGUAGACUUCUACAGAAAGUUAGCUACGUAUAUACCAAGACAUGUUCAGUUAUUUAUCAGCGGGAAUAAUAGUUCAGUUUUUACAAUGUCAGUGCAGGACGCCCAGACGGAGAUGCUUGCAGCAACUCUUGAGGCAAUGGAUUCUGAUCCAUCUCCAGAACCGCAUUGCAACGUAGACGACAAUUUCCCCAUCGAAAUCGGGAACUUCUACACGUCUAAGGAGGCCGUAAUCAACGUCCUUUAUGAUUUCGCUUUUGCGCAUCGCUUUGGUUUUGCUAUGAGUUAUAGCAAGCCAACCCGGGCUAGGGCAGUGUGCAAAUCGUCUGAAGAACGUGGUGGCAAAAAAUGCCCGUGGGAGUGCACUUUUAGUGUCUGCCGUAUGGGGGGCUUUUGGUUGGUGAAGAAGUUAAGUCCUGCGAGUGUGCACACCUGUGACUGGCCGGACAGGGAACGCUACGUGAAAUCUAUGGUGAACAAAGUAAAAUUCCUCGAACGCUUGUACGGAGCACUUGUUAGAGGGGCGCCGUUUCUCGCUCCGCGUGAGUACAUCGACCAGAUCGUGGCAACUGGGGGGCCUUCUAUCAAGUAUCAACAAGCAUACAGAUUGAAGGAGAAGAUCGUUACUCAACGGUUUGGCAGUUGGAGAGACUCCUUCAGGUUCAUUCCUUCACUCCAGAGACGUUUGAAGCUUAUUGAUCCGGGUGCCACUGUCAGGCUGCAAACAUAUCAACAUCAAUUCAAACGUUUCUUUGUAGCCCCUUCCGCAACCAGAGAGUCUCUAAAGUGUUGCCGCCCGGUAGUUGCCCUUGAUGGAACGUUCUUGCUUUCUGCUCAACGUGCAACGCUCCUCAUCGCAACUUCAUUGGAUGGUAACAACAACAUCAUUGUUCUCGCCUUCGCACUGGUUGAAGGUGAGAAUUUUUGUAGCUGGAGGUGGUUUUUGGAGUGCUUCAAAAGCCACUUUCCUAACUGGUUAGGCGAGGAUGAUGCGUCUGUGAUUAGUGACAGGGACAAAGGUCUUGUUCCUGCUGUGAAGGAAGUCUUCCCCUCACUCCCGCACUACUUUUGUUCGUGGCACUUGGAGCAGAACUUGACAAGGUUCGGUCCAAAUGCUGUUGACCUAUUUAGAAAACUCCAAGACUGCAGGUCAGAAAAGAAGUGGGAGACCUAUGUGAAGGUGGCUAGAGAACGGUUUCCAAACUUCGCGGCGUACCUACUGGGUACACCGAGUGUUCACACCGACUUCCCACGCAACAGUCAGGGGACAAGACGUGUACGAAGGCGUGUGCCAACAACAGGCAGCCUGGGAUCAACCAGAAAUCAGCCAACUUCUCAUGAACCCUCGGAGCAAUCGCCACAGUCUGGGCGGCAGCACCAACAGUAUGCUGGCAAUGUUCGACAGCAGCCACGCCGACAGCAGGGUCGCCUCCAGCGGCGGGGCCAACAGCAGCGGCAGCAUGGGCAGCAGCAGCAACCGGGGCAGAGUGGGCAGCAGACUCGGCUGUCUGAGCAGCAGCAGCAGCAGCAGCAGCAGCAGCAGCAGCAGCAGCAGCAUCAGCACCAGGGCCAACAGCAGCAGGGACAGCAGCAGGAGCAAGGCCAGCAACAGCAGGGGCAGGGUUCACAUCAGUGGCACGGACAGCAGGAGCAGCAGAGUGGGCAGCAAGCAGGGCUAUUUUGGCAGCAGCAGCAACAACAGUUGCGACAGCAGCACCAGCAACAACAGGGUGGGCAGUGGGGAGGGCUGUUUGGGCAGCAGCGGCAGGGUCAGGGGCAGCAGGGCCAAGGUGGGCCGCAGCAGCAGCAGGGGCAGCAGCAGCAGGUCCCGGGUGGACAGCAGCAGCAUGGACAGCUGCAGCAGCAUGUCCAGCAGCAGCAGGGUCAGCGUACGCAGUGGCAGCAGGGACAGCAGCAACAUCAGCAGCGGGGUGGGCAGCAGGGAGGGCUGUUUGGGCAACAACAGCAGGGUCAGCGUAGGCAGCAGGGUGAGCAGCAGCAGCAGUGGGGUGGGCAACAGGGAGGACUGUUAAGCCAGCAGCAGCAUCAUGGUGGGCAGCAGGCAGGGUUGUUUGAGCAGCUGCAGCAGGGACGACAGCAGCAGCGCCAGGGUGGGCAGCAGCAGCAGGGUCAGGGCCAGCAGAACCAGGGCGGGCAGCAACAGCAGCAGGGUCAGGGGCAGCAGAACCAGGGUGGGCAGCAGCAGCAGCAGGGUCAGGGUCAGCAGAACCAGGGUGGGCAGCAGCAGCAGGGUCAGGGGCAGCAGAACCAGGGUGGGCAGCAGCAGCAGGGUCAGGGGCAGCAGAACCAGGGCGGGCAGCAGCAGCAGCAGGGUCAGCAGCAGCAGGGUCAGGGGCAGCAGAACCAGGGUGGGCAGCAGCAGCAGGGUCAGCAGCAGCAGGGUCAGGGGCAGCAGAACCAGGGCGGGCAGCAGCAGCAGCAGGGUCAGGGGCAGCAGAACCAGGGCGGGCAGCAGCAGCAGCAGGGUCAGCAGCAGCAGGGUCAGGGGCAGCAGAACCAGGGUGGGCAGCAGCAGCAGGGUCAGCAGCAGCAGGGUCAGGGGCAGCAGAACCAGGGUGGGCAGCAGCAGCAGGGUCAGCAGCAGCAGGGUCAGGGCCAGCAGAACCAGGGCGGGCAGCAACAGCAGCAGGGUCAGGGGCAGCAGAAUCAGGGUAGGCAGCGGCAGCAGCAUGGUCAGGGUCAGCAGAACCAGGGUGGGCAGCAGCAGCAGGGUCAGCAGCAGCAGGGUCAGGGGCAGCAGAACCAGGGUGGGCAGCAGCAGCAGGGUCAGCAGCAGCAGGGUCAGGGGCAGCAGAACCAGGGUGGGCAGCAGCAGCAGGGUCAGCAGCAGCAGGGUCAGGGCCAGCAGAACCAGGGCGGGCAGCAACAGCAGCAGGGUCAGGGGCAGCAGAAUCAGGGUAGGCAGCGGCAGCAGCAUGGUCAGGGUCAGCAGAACCAGGGUGGGCAGCAGCAGCAGGGUCAGCAGCAGCAGGGUCAGGGGCAGCAGAACCAGGGUGGGCAGCAGCAGCAGGGUCAGCAGCAGCAGGGUCAGGGGCAGCAGAACCAGGGUGGGCAGCAGCAGCAGGGUCAGCAGCAGCAGGGUCAGGGCCAGCAGAACCAGGGCGGGCAGCAACAGCAGCAGGGUCAGGGGCAGCAGAAUCAAGGUAGGCAGCGGCAGCAGCAGGGUCAGGGUCAGCAGAACCAGGGUGGGCAGCAGCAGCAGGGUCAGCAGCAGCAGGGUCAGGGGCAGCAGAACCAGGGUGGGCAGCAGCAGCAGGGUCAGCAGCAGCAGGGUCAGGGCAUUGAGAACAUCGACGGCCCUGACGGUGGUGCUCAGCCCGAGCCGCAUACGGAUGAGACAGAAUCUGGUAUCCGAGUACGCACUGGCAUGAGAUGGGCAAAAAAACGUACUCAUUACAUCAAGAUAGACGAGAAGCACUGGGCGCGCUUCCACGCACCCACGGUGCGUUUCAGUAUCUUUGCAAGCAGCAUGGCAGAGUCCAUCAAUGCUGCCAUAAAGAAAACUCGCAAGCUCCCGCCAGCAUACAUGCUUGCAACCCUGUGGGAUUGGAUGAUGAAAAGGCUUUACGAGGCAAGUGAGGACGCGGGUGAGAAUGACGGGUUCCUGACUCCCAAGGCUGCUGAAAGGUUUGAGAACAAGCGGCACCGGGCGGAGAAUUAUAUUGUUGAAUGCUCAUCCAUUGGUGGAGCUGGGGUUGUGACAAAUCGAGGGUCACCGUGGACUUCGCCAAUGUCGUUCAACGUGAACAUUGACACGAAGUGGUGUGAGUGUGGCAAUUGGAAGCAAUAUCAGUUUCCAUGCUCACAUGCUUUUGCUAUGAUGCGCGAAAAGGGGAAGGAUCCAGAGGAUUACAUCUCCUCCUAUUUCACCGCAGCCAAUUGGAGAGCUACCUACAGCACUCCAAUGAUGGGGGCUUGUAUUGACCGUGUCAUGCAGGAGAAUGCAAAUCCCGCUCACGGUGUGUGUGAUCCUCCAAAUUUUGUGCCGAGGGGUGUUGGAAGACGUCCAAUGAUUAGACGAUUUGAGGCACCGAAGCGUCCAAUCAAAUGCAGCACUUGUCACAAGAUGACGCGGCAUAAUCGACGCACUUGUAGGGGAAAGUAUGGGGCAGGCUCGGAGGCGAGAGAGGUAGAUAAUAACGGGGAGUAAGUAUGACGUGACUACAUAUGGAAAUACUAGCCCCAGCAGCAGCAACAGAGUGGGCAGCAGGCAGGGCUGUUUGGACAGCAGCAGCAACAGAGAGGGGCAGCAGGCAGGGCUGUUUGGACAGCAGCAGCAGGGCCAGGAUGGGAGCAGCUGCUGUCGUGGCAACACCAACACCACCAGCAGCAGCAUCAUCACCACCACCACCCACAGAAGCAUCAGUAACAAUAGCACCAGCAGCAGCGGCAGCGGCGGCAGCAGCAGCGGCAGCGGCAGCGGCAGCAACAGUAGUAGCAGCGUUGGCAGCAGAGAGGCCUGCUUGGGCAGCAGCAGCUGGGGCAGCGGCAUGAGGGCCAUGUUGGGCAGCAGCAACAGGGUCAGGGAUGGCAGCAGGGAGGGCCGUUCCAGCAAAAACAGCUGGACCUUCCCCAUCGCUGCCUCAUUAUAGUUCCUUCCCCCAACCACCUGCUUCAACUACCUUUGCUUUUUCACUUCCAUCACCAAGUUCCGCCAGUCUCCUUCCCCAAACCCCACCCUCAUGCGUUUCCAGGAAGAUGAUGAAGCCUUUCUUGAGUUCACUUUCCUUUAACUCCCCUCUACAUUGCCAACCGCCCGCCGCGCCUUCUCACUUGAAUGAUCUGCCUUCCGAGACAGCCCCUCUCCACCUGUUUGAUCCGCUUUAAGCCACAAUCUCCACCCCCUCCCAUGCCUCUUCUCCCACAUGCUAAUUUUGUCACCUAGCCUUAUUAACCACCCCAUUUUUCUCUCCCCUUUAACUCGCUACAAUGUUGGGAACCUAAAUGUAUUAGUCAUUAAAAAAAAAGGAGUUGC